AGGGGGUUAAUGAAAUGGUGUGGCAACUGUAUGCAAAAAAGCAACAAGAUCUAUGAAAAUCUUUCUUCCUUUCUUGUGACACUUUUUGUUCUUCCCACUUCAACUUGGAGAAUAUAUAUAGUUGUGUUUGUUUCUAUUUGCAAAACCAAAAAAUACAUCUUCUAAAUUAAAUAAAUAAAUUUCAAAAAAAAAAUAAAAUAUUAUCACUAGUUAUAUAUUUCUCCCAUAAGUAGCCAGUCUUCUUACGGAUUCUCGAAAAAAAACCUCUCUUUAAAUCUUUUAAAAUCCCCCUUCUCCAUUUCAAUUUCUUCGUCCCACAUAACCAUUUCGAAAAAUCGAAGACGAAGAAAAAAAAAACGUAAUCUCGUACCUUCUUAACUUCUAGAAGCCAAGAAAGAUGAUCAUACAUAAGCCGUCGAUUUCGUCUGCGAAACAAAGCAACGUUGUUUUCAGCCGAAGCUGCACGGUUUUGUUACUAUGCUGCAUUUCGAUCAAACUAAGCCUCUCUUUCUCUAUCGUCCCGUCGUCUUUGAAUUCGCUCAAUCUCCACGGCUACUUCACUUUCGAGAAGAACGAGUUCGCGGCGAGAGAUUUCGGAAACCAAUUCCACUCCCUCCCUCUCGCGGUCCUCCACCCCAAGAAAGUGUCCGACAUAGCUUCGACGAUACGGCACGUGUGGCAGAUGGGCCCCACUUCGGGCUUGACCGUCGCGGCCCGAGGCCACGGCCAUUCACUCCAAGGACAAGCGCAGGCGCCGCAAGGGAUCGUGGUCAACAUGGAAUCUUUGACCGGGCAAGAAAUGCAGAUCCAUAACGACGGAGUGUCCCCUUACGUGGAUGUCUCGUCGGGAGAGCUGUGGAUUAAUAUCCUGCACGAAUGUUUGAAGUACGGGUUAGCACCGAAAUCUUGGACCGAUUAUUUGCAUCUAACUGUCGGAGGCACUUUGUCUAAUGCUGGGAUUAGUGGGCAGGCGUUUAGGCAUGGCCCACAAAUUAGUAACGUUCGUCAGCUCGAAGUCGUCACAGGAAAAGGAGAGGUGGUCGUUUGUUCGGAGGAGAAAAAUGCCGAUCUUUUUCACGGCGUACUCGGCGGGCUAGGGCAGUUUGGUAUUAUAACACGGGCGAGGAUUUCGCUAGAGACGGCACCGAAGAUGGUGAAGUGGAUUAGGGUGCUGUAUUCGGAUUUCUCCACUUUCGUGAGGGAUCAAGAGCACUUAAUAUCUUCGGAAAAGACGUUCGAUUACGUGGAAGGCCUUGUUAUAGUAAACAAAACCGGUCUCAUAAAUAAUUGGAGGUCGUCUUUUAAUCCACAAGAUCCAGAGCAAGCUAGUCGAUUCGUAUCGGACGGAAAGACGCUGUUUUGCCUCGAACUAACGAAAAACUUCGACCCCGACGAAGAUACUGACACGGACAAGGAAAUUGAGAGGUUAUUGUCGGAAUUAAGCUACAUCGAAUCGACGUUGUUUGUGACGGAAGUUACGUAUGUAGAAUUCUUGGACAGGGUGCAUGCAGCAGAAAUGAAACUUAGGUCAAAAGGGCUAUGGGAUCUUCCACACCCAUGGCUUAAUCUUCUUGUACCAAGAACAAAUAUUCAUACAUUUGCUGAGGGUAUUUUCGGCAAUAUUCUUACAGACACAAACAACGGCCCUGUUCUUGUCUAUCCAGUCAACAAAUCAAAAUGGGACAACAGAACAUCAUUUGUAACACCAGGAGGUGAAGAAGAAGGGGAGGAUAUUUUUUACCUAGUGGCUUUUCUUCCGGCGGCGGUUCCCUCCGGCGGCGGCGGCGGCGGAAAUGGCAGCUUGCAGAAUCUGUUGAAUCUGAACAAGAGAAUAUUGAAUUUCUGCGAAACGGAGAAAUUGGGGGUGAAGCAAUAUUUGCCCUACUACACGACGCAGGAAGAGUGGCGGGCCCACUACGGGCCGCGGCGGUGGGAGGCGUUAGUGCAGAGGAAAUCGGCGUAUGAUCCUCUGGCAAUACUUGCUCCGGGGCAGAGGAUUUUUCAGAAAUCCAUAUCCGUUUUAUAGAAUCUGCAGGCAGAGAUCGGAGAGCAGAGAGAAAGAAACCUAAUGUGUAAAUUAUUUUACAUAUUCAAUAGUUUUUUUUGGCAACCUUCUCAAGAACUGUAAGUAAGAAAAACACCAUUACCAAAAAUGUAGUACUCAAAACAGAUAAUUCAAAAUUUAUUAU